AAGGGUCAGCUCUACGUCAAGUUGAACCGUGCCACCAAUCUGAAGGACAAGGAUUGGUUUGGCAAGUCGGAUCCAUUUAUUGAGAUGUGGCUUGAAAAAUCAUACAAGCACCGAUCCAAGGACACGAAGGGCCUCAACCCUGUCUUCGACGAGACUUUUUGCUUCUAUGUUCGUCCUGGCCAAGACAAACUGCAUGUCCGUGUUGUUGAUAAGGAUACAUUCCGUAAUGACAAGAUUGGCGACACUUCCAUCUCUUUGACAAAUGUCUUUAACACAGGCCGUGAGGGACCCAAAGACUACAAUCUUCCCAAGUGGCUUGGUCUCCGUAGUAACGGACACAUCAAUAUGCAGAUGCAGUUCGUU